AUGGUUGUGUGGACCGAUGCUGAGCGCACUGCCAUCACCGGUGUCUUCAGGAAACUCGACUAUGAUUUCGUGGGUCUGAAUGCUCUGGGAAGGUGUCUCAUCGUGUACCCCUGGACCCGGAGGUAUUUUGCCACCUUUGGAAACCUGUUCAACGCAGAUUCCAUCAUGGGAAACGCAAAAGUCGCCGCUCAUGGAAAGGUGGUUCUAACAGGACUGGAGACGGCCAUGAAGAACAUGGACAACAUCAAGAACAGUUUUGCCCCUUUGAGUGCACUGCACUCGGAGAAACUGCACGUGGAUCCCGACAACUUCGGGCUGCUGGCCGACUGCAUCACCAUUGUGGUGGCUGCGCAGAUGGGCUCUGCCUUCACCGCUGAUGUCCAGGCUGCCUGGCAAAAGUUCCUGGCCGUUGUUGUCUCUGCUCUUGGCAGACAGUAUCAUUAA